AUGCAAAUAAUUUUGACGUAUUUGAAGAAAUAUAACGACUUUAUAAACAUUGUUUUAGUGCGCAAAAAGUAUGAGAAUGUAUUUGGCCUCAUUCAAAUGAAUCCAAUCCAAAUCACUCCAAAAACAAAGAAACUUUUCAAGUACAAUCAAACUCAACAAACGUUCUCUCCAUUUGAUAUGCAACUGAACACUCAAAAAUCGCUAUUUAAUUAUCCAAAACUUGCACUUGUGAGGGAAAUUGGAGACAAUGCAUUUGAAAUGUGUAAGAAAAAUUUAAUAACAUUUCCAAUUAUAGAAAUUGUUCAAAACGCAUUUUCUAAGUGCUUAAACAUAACAGAAAAUGUACCACCACCACAUCUUACACACUUUGGAAAUGGCGCAUUUUAUGGUUGUAUAGAUUUAAAAAAAUAUUUUUGCCGGAUUUGCUUGAGUAUAUUCCACGGUCGUGUUUCAAUGGGUGUUUUUUCUAAUGUAAACUUUGUAACAAACGCCACUUUAAUAGGACAUGAUGCUUUUCGUAAAUGCGCUUUUAAAAAAUUUUCAAUU